ACUUGCUCUGUUAUGUCUGGCAAAGUGUGUACUUAUGUGUAAAACCAAGUCAGAGGCUGAGUCGUUUGCAUAAAUGGUUCUAAGUGAACUUGGAGCAUCAGAAGAAAGGGAGGAAAGCUACCAACUCUGCUUGAACGGAGAAAUCCUUUUUGUGCACCUCUGACAGCACUGAGGUUUUUUAUUUUUGCUGGAACAAGCCAUAUGUGUAAGGAAGAAACCUGUCAAGAUGUGGACUUGUCUCAGGACUAAAAGGAAGCUAAUUCAACUAUAAGAUGCCCUUAAUGGACUUUUUUGCCAACUGAUAAUAUCCUCUUCCAUCCAGACCCACUUGGACUAUCUGGUAUUUGGUAUCAUAAUAAAAAGCUAUCCUUUUGUUAAGCGGAUUUAUUUCAUCUUUCUUCCAUAAGUAAAUACAACUGGUGUUUUAUGCUUUGGCUCCAAGAACAAGGAUGCAACAACCAAAGCAAUAUCUGAAGAGGACGAAAAAUUAUGGAGGAUUCCUUUUCUGCAAUGAAACAAGACAACUGGGAUGGAAGAUAUACUGAUUUUCUUAACAUGACAGUCUGCACCACUUUUUUCCUGAAACUAUGUUUCUGAGGAAAAGGUGCAGACAUAGCUCACGGAAAUGGCAAUUUCUCUUGUUGCUCCUCGUGCUUGCAUUUUUGUUAGUGAUGGUGACACUGCUCAACCCCACAUCCAAAGAUCUAAGCAAGGAAAGAGCAUCCUGGCCAGCAGAAUCUAUCCCUAAGGAAGGAUAUCAGGUAGAUUUUGGAGAACCUCAAGAAAUCUUGGACACUCAAGAGGACAGCCAACAGUAUUUGUCCAUGGAAGGACUAUCGCCUUUCCUCCCUCUCAAAGAGGAUGAGCUCUUGGUGGCUAUGGAGUUAUUUGCGGUGAAGAGAAAUCACACCAAAGUUAGGAAAGGAUAUCGGAUGGUCAGGCAGCAAAGCAGAAAGAAAGAGGUGGCCGUGCAGAUGCAAGACUCAGAGUUUCUGUUCCAGUCUCAUCUUACAGAAGAGGAUGGAUUUCCAAACCAGACUGAUGCAAGUGAGCAGACUAUAGGUGGCCUGGAGAUUUAUGGCUUUAAUGAAGCACUCAGCAAACAGAUUCCUCUGCACAGAGAGCUACCAGAGGUACGGCACCCUUUAUGCUUGCAGCAGGAGCUUAGUCCCAAUCUCCCUACUGCGAGCAUUGUCAUCUGUUUCCAUGAUGAAGCCUGGUCUACUCUAUUGAGAACCGUUCAUAGUGUCUUAGAUACAGCACCAAGGGACUUCCUCAAAGAAAUCAUCCUUGUAGAUGACCUCAGUACACAAGAAUAUCUGAAGUCAUCCCUGAGUGAAUACAUCUCUAAGCUUCCAGGUGUGAAAUUGAUUAGAAGCAAUAAAAGGCUGGGGGUCAUCCAAGGUCGUAUGCUUGGUGCGGCACGAGCCACCGGGGAAGUUGUGGUCUUCAUGGAUUCCCACUGCGAAUGUCACAAUGGAUGGCUAGAACCUCUGCUGGAACGACUAGCAAGCGACAGAAGUCGGAUUGUUUCUCCUGUCAUAGAUAUAAUUAAUUGGAAGACUUUUCAGUAUUACCAUACUAUGGACCUGCAGAGAGGUGUUUUUGACUGGAAAUUAGAUUUCCACUGGAAGCCACUGACAGAAAAUGAACAGAAGGUACGGCUGUCUCCCAUCAGCCCCAUCAGGAGUCCUGCAGUGCCUGGUGGAGUCAUAGCAGUGAACCGUCAUUAUUUCCAAAAUACAGGUGGUUACGAUUCUGACAUGACCCUCUUGGGAGGUGAAAAUAUUGAAUUAUCUAUAAAGGCCUGGCUUUGUGGUGGAUCUGUUGAAAUCCUUCCAUGUUCACGUGUAGGACAUGUCUAUCGUACGGGCAUGGCAUACAACUUCUCAGAUGAAAAAGCAAUAGAAAGGAACAAAAUACGAAUAGCUGAGACCUGGCUGGAUUCAUUUAAACAUCUCUUUUACAAACAUGACAGGUUGGCAUGUUUGAUAAACAAGGCAGAGAAGCCAAACUGCACUGCCCGCAUCCAGCUGAAAAAGAGACUAGGAUGUAAAAGUUUUCUGUGGUUUAUUUCAAAUGUGUACCCUGAAUUGCACCCCGUACAAGACAGACCAGGGUUUUCAGGAAAGCUGUACAAUACUGGACUUGGACUCUGUGCGGAGUACAAUUCUGAAAAGGUUGCUGUAAGAAGCCUUCUUGGGUUAUCACCUUGCAGUGACAAUAUUAACCAGUACUUUGAAUUCAGCAGCAUGAAGGAAAUCCGCUUUGGGUCCACGUUGAAGCUUUGCUUUGAUGUCAGGCAUGAAGAAAUUGUCCUUCAAAACUGUACAAAAGAGAUGGAAAACAGCCCACAACAAUGGGACAUCAAAGAGAAUGGAAUGAUUGUUCAUCUGCUUUCUGGAAAGUGCAUUGAGGUUAAGAAGACAGACAUAUGUCUACAGAAAUGUAACAAAGGGAUCAAUCAGAUCUGGCAGCUUAAUCAUUCAUACCCCUUGGAUAUGAGAUGAAUAUGAAUAUCUGUCUAAUUCCAGUGUUGUUUUCUACACUUGUUUCCAAGAUGCCAGAGAGAGGGAAGAGAAAGCUCUGUCCAUGUCCUCUGACCAGGGGAUGCACUUGUAGUAUACUUCUGGUUUGUACAUUUCUAUCAAAAAUAUAUUCCAAAGAUUUUGAUAUUGACAAUGGUUGCACUGCUCCCAGAAAAGAACUGAGAGAAAAUAAACAAACAUUUAUUAUGCAAAAUGGAAAGGUGCCAUCAAGAUCAACUAAGCAACUAUAAUACACUGAUAUUUGUCUUUCAAAGGACUCUAAGGAGCAAACUUCUAGAAGGAAUAUUUUAGUAUAUUGUGUAAUUUAUAUAAAAAAGAAGUUAACAUUAUUUUUUGAAGACACUGUUCAAGUCAGAAUAUAAUUUCUUCUUUGUGAAUUUGAUAAAAUAUGGUUGUGACUAUGUUGAAUGCAUAAAACAGCUGUAACAAACAUAAAACAAGAUUACAGCUUUGAUAAGUGACUUUCCUUUGUUCUUCAGAUAUUAUUUUCAGGGGUGUUUUGUGUGUCAAAAGCGGCUUGAGAAACUACAAGUCGCUUCUGGUGUGAAGCGGCUUCCCAAUUCAUCACAGUUAAGACACUGCCAUGGGCCAGAUUUAGACAUAAAACAAGAAAACAGAAACAUCAACCUGGCUAAAUUUUAGUUUAUUAACAGCUGAAUAACAUCUGUGAUCAUUAAUG